UAUUAUCUAUCUCCAACUCACUCAAAAUUUUAACCCACCAACAUGGACUCUGAGAAGCAGCAGCCACUUCUCUCCUCCGGUGACACAUGUCGGAAUGACUACACAAAUCUUAAACAGUUGCCGUUGACUUUAAACGGUGAUGUUGAAAUAAAGGGAGUUGGAGACUUUUGUAGGGAGUUUUAUGUGGAGUUCAAAAGGCUGUGGUAUUUAGCCGGACCGGUUAUCUUCACCUCACUUUGCCAGUACACCAUCGGCGCCACCACCCAACUCUUCGCCGGACAACUCGGAACCAUCCAACUUGCCGCCACCUCCGUCGAGAAUUCCAUCAUUGCCGGUUUCUCUUACUCCAUCUUGUAUGGGAUGGGGGGUGCUCUAGAGACACUAUGUGGCCAAGCUUACGGGCGCGGCAACAUCGAAAUGCUCGGAAUCUACCUCCAAAGAGCAUGGAUCCUUCUCAACACCGCCGCCGCAGUCUUAAUAUUCACCUACAUAUUCGGGGUCUCAAUCCUCCACCUACUCGGUCAAACAGCCACCAUAGCUACCGCGGCGGGAAGUUUCGCCAUACGGAUGAUACCGCAGUUAUUCGCAUAUGCAACCGUCAUUCCAAUAAUUAAAUUCUUACAAGCACAAAGCAUUAUUUUGCCUAUGGCGUUGAUUGCGGUGGUGGCAGCCGUGACCCAUGUGGUUUUGAGCUGGUUGUUCAUGAUGAAGCUCGGGUGGGGGCUUACCGGUGCAGCGAUGGUUCUUGAUGGCUCGUGGUGGUUCAUAACAUUGGCUCAUUUCGCGUAUGUUUUGAUGGGUUGGUGUGGACCAGCUUGGUCUGGUUUUUCGUGGAAAGCUUUUAAUAAUCUCACGGGGUUUCUUCAUGUUUCUUUUACCUCAGCGGUAAUGUUUUGCUUGGGGACUUGGUAUACAAUGUCGUUGGUUCUCUUCGCUGGCUACUUCGAGAAUCCAGAAAUCUCGGUUGAUGCAUUAUCUGUGUGUUUCAACAUAUUAGGAUGGGUGGGCACAGUUUCUACAGGACUAAAUGUAGCCGUAAGUGUAAGGGUGUCAAAUGAGCUCGGAUACGGAAGACCAAGAACCGCACAAUUGGCAGUGAUAGCCGUGGUCGUAACUUCACUACUAAUUGGACUGCUUUCGACAACAUUACUUCUAGUGUACAAGAAACAGUACCCAAUAUAUUUUACUACCAGUCAAGAAGUAAUACAACUCGUGGAAGAACUAACAUUGUUGCUUGGAGGUAGUACUAUUGUCACCAGUAUGCAAAAUGUGCUUUCGGGGGUGGCCAUUGGAGCAGGUUGGCAGACCUCGGUUGCUUAUUUGAAUAUUGUGUCGUAUAUCGGUCUUGGCAUACCGUUGGGACUUUUGCUCGGGUUUAAAUUCGAUAUGGGUGUCAAGGGAAUAUGGUACGGAAUGGUUUCGGGAGCAAGUACGCAAUGCUGUUUGUUGCUAAUGAUGGUUUGGAGAACAAACUGGAACAAUGAGGUGAACUUUGCGGAAGACCGAAUAAAACAAUGGGGCGGUACUGAUAUUCGAGGGAAAGCGGAUGACGAAGAAAGAACAAGUUAACAAAUUAAGGCUGGUCAAAGUUUAAUUCAUUUUUAAUAUUACCUUUGAUUUGCAGGCUUACUACACUUGGUUUUUUUAAAUGUAAUAAUCCUGUUUUUAAUAGCUUAUGGAGUGGUUACAACUUACAAUCCAACAUGGAAUUUGUCAUUUGUUUCAAAGGGAACCUAUGUAGACCAUCAGAAGAUCCAUUAAAGUGGAUUGGGCUUAAAAUCUGAAAAUAAAGAGACCAAUUGUUCUGUCAAA